GACGUGUAAUGUUUACUGUUCGAUGACGUUCCGACAAAACAUAACUGUGUGCCACAUGUCAUAUCUUUAUUUUUUUGCAUUCUUGCAAUAAUUAGGUUUCUUUCUAUAGUAAUAUUGUAGUUUUAAAAAUGGACGUAAAACGCAAUGUAAAGUUGGUUCUUUAUUCGGUCGGUAUAUUUGUGUGUUACUCCUAUUAUGCCAUUGUUCAAGAACGUAUAACUAGAGGUAAAUAUGUGAUUAAGCCGGGUGAAGAAGAACAUUUUACGUACAUGCUAUCUUUGGUAUGUGCUCAGUGCAUUGUAAACUAUGUUUACGCCGUAAUUUUGUCUAAAACUAUAAUGCCACAAGGUGAAAAUGUGACUAAUUGGUUCUAUCUUGCCUCCAGCGCCCUAACCUAUCUCUUGGCUAUGGUGUGUACAAAUAUGGCUCUCAAGUGGGUAAACUAUCCUACCCAAGUUAUCGGAAAAAGCGCUAAGCCGAUUCCGGUUAUGAUUCUUGGUGUACUGCUGGGAAACAAAUCUUAUCCAGCCCAAAAGUACUUUUUUGUUUUACUUGUGGUACUGGGAGUAGCUCUAUUCAUGUUCAAAGAUGGAAAACAAUCCAAAGACAGUGAGUCAGGCUUUGGUUUCGGUGAAGUUCUACUAGGGCUGUCUCUGAUCAUGGAUGGACUCACUGGAGCAAUACAGGAGAGGAUGCGAGCAGAGUACAAAACCAAAUCUCUCCACAUGAUGUCAAGCAUGAACAAAUGGUCGGUCAUUUUUCUUGGAGUCUGCAUCAUAUACACUGGUGAAUUGAUGGAAUUUAUUAGUUUUGUAUCGCGUCAUCAGAGCGUGAUUUGGGAACUAAUUACAUUUUCCAUUGCUAGCGCACAAGGCCAAAUGUUCAUUUUCUUGAUGAUCGAACAUUUUGGACCACUGCCUUGCUCAAUAGUUACUACAACUAGAAAACUAUUUACUGUUCUAUUCUCAAUUUUAUUGUUUGGCAAUGUAAUUACUUCAAGACAGUGGCUAGCUACAUUUAUUGUAUUUAGUGGGCUGUUUCUUGACACAUUGUAUGGUAAAGCGCACAGAAGUAGAGUCGAUUAAAAUGUUAUUUGUGACUGACAAGCGGAGUCUUAUG